AUGUAUGAAGGAAAUAUCCAACAAACAACAAAUCCAACGGCUGGUCUGGUGGGUUUGUUUACAAAUUCGUACUAUCAACAAGAAGAGACAGAGACAACGCAGACAAAAAACAAACAUAGUCAGAAGAUCAAUAAGAUCGUCGAAGAACUUUACAAGCUAACGUUUAUAUCACGACGUGGUCAAUUUGAAACAGCUCGUUCAGGUGGAAGGAAAAAUAAAAAUGAAAUCUUGGCAUUAGUUCUUGCACGGCUAAAUAAAAAGAAAUAUUUGAAUGGUUCGAAAUACUUUCAUGAAUCGAAUCUCGCAAGAGAUAUUCAAGUUCAUUCGAAUACUGGCGAGUUCAUUCUCGUCCUCCGCCUUGACGGUCGUGUUAUUGCCAUGAGCGAUGAAGCUGAACAUCAUUUAGAAAAAUCGAUGCGAUCUUUAUAUACACAAUGUGUGAAUAUCUUUGAGAGCCUCGAUCAAGCAGAUAGCGAACGCUUACAUUCAAUUCUCGCUUCUUCGGCUGAUUCGAAUCAACAGGAACAUCGUAUGGUGUGUACUCUUCGUUUGCCUAAAGGUAAACGACCAAGCAGGAUCAAUGAAGAUGUGAAGACAAUAGCGAUGGCAGGCCACUUUUAUACAUGCCAGGAUUCAUCAUCUUCAACAUCAAAUGAACGAUUGUUCAUUGCGCGCUGCGAAGCGCUAAUCUCUGCAACAGUAAAUCGCUCGAGUUCAUCGCAAACAACAUCAAUGAACACUUCGAAUUCGCUAAUGAAAAUUAUGCUGAACGAGGAUAUGACCGUUCAGAAUAUUUCAUCAAAUGCCCAUACUAUCCUCGGGUAUUCGAACAAAGACAUGUUCGGUAAUUGGAUCGGACGGUAUUUACCAACAUCCGAUAUGGAUAAAUUCGAAGCUAUUCGUAAAAAACACUUCGAACAUGAACCGAACCAACAACAAUCGCCAAUCAGCGUGUGCGAUGUGUUCGAUAUGUAUACUAACAAUGGUGAAGGUCGUUUGACAUUCUUGUGUCAAAUAAGACCUAUUCGUGAGCGUCGAAAACCGGUGAAAUUCGCCAUCAUUGCUCAACUUGUCAAUCCAUCACAACGAGGCGAAUAUCUGAAAUAUGUGCAGUCAGCAGGUGAAGCAAAUACUAACACAACUAAAGCUGAACAAGUAAAUUUCGGUGCGCCGUUUUCAUCAUCAGUAUCGCAAACGAGCAAAGACACAAUCAUGGCCCAUAGUCCGACAUUCACCAAUGUGGCUGAACUCAUAUUCGAUGGGACCGCCCAGUAUGAUACCCUCCACCGCCAACAGUACUCACCAUUCAAUGAUAUCCUCUCAAACGCCGUUGCACCGAUCAAUGUCGAUGACGAAUCUGGGAAUGAAUUAUUCAAUACCGCUUACGGCGAAUAUUCAACCACAGACUCUCAAUACUGGCCAGGCAAAUACAUCGACAGCAUCUGCAACGACGACAGUUCUGCCGAUGAUCUAGAAAACGCUAUUUAUCUGUUAUGUAAUUCUGUUUAA